GUGAACCACUGUUGUGUGUUAUGUUACCUGUCGUUCCGGACUGUCCGUCUUCUACUUUGUUUAUUAGUCUCGACGUCAGGUAGACGUUUGUAAGUAAUAUACACCUAGGAGGUUUAGAAGCGUUCUAAAGAUCCUGAUUUUAUAAUAGGUGGCGCUAGUUUCCCUUUCGCGAGAGUAUAAAAGGCGGCGGUCGAAACUAGACAGUGUUCACUUCUUCGUCUGACACGAACGAGAUAAGGCCGGACAUAAAGACAUCCCCAUAAUGGUUAAGACCAAGACAACUCCCGUCAAACAGUGCCCUAUGUGUUCCUUCCGUGCCAACAACAUGGAUGACAUGAGGAAGCAUAUCCUGGAGUGUGGCCUAGAGACAAUGGAAAGGAAGACUCUCACGUGCACUGAUUGCAGCUACAAAACUUUCCGUGCUGCUAAUAUGAAUCGGCACCGUAAACGUCAUACUGACAACGACAGGAGUGCUCCCAAGGCUGUGGAACAGAGUUUGGAGGAAGACCGGCCUUCAACGUCAUCCCAAGCUCCCGCUGUACAAACUGAUGUAGAGAGCUGGAAGGCGCAAGAUCCUGGUGACCUUCUGGGGGAGAUAUCGGAAUCUUCUGAGGGUAAUUGCUUGUCUUCUGAAGAUGAGGGAGACAGUCUUCUGGUCGGGCGUACUAUCAGAAGACCAACGCGACCAGAACCAGUUCGAGCCCCAAAGAGGAAGUCAGAAACUGCAACUUCAGUCAAGCCCCAUCCGAAGGAUCCUAUCAACAUGGUUCCAAUGCCAGUGUUAAGCACUGCCCCUAGUGCAAAGAAAACAUGCACCUACGUUAAUGUUGCCACUCAGACAGAGCAAGAGCCGCCUGCUAGCCGAAGGACUGUAACGAAGACUACCCGGUAUUCAGAGGGAGGACGGGACAUCCAGAUAGUCGAGUUUUUCGAGUUCUUUGAGCAGGAGAACCUCAAUCGCUUUUCCUAAAUCGAUUUUCAUGUAACUUCCUGAUUAAACCCUUGAGUGUUA